UAGACCGGGAAAAAUUAUAUUUUCCCGGAAACAUGAAUCCUCAAGCCUUUUCUUUCGGAGACGUGGAUAACGACAAGGACAACGAAUUCGUUAUAGGAAAUUCAAAAGGCAAGUUGGACGUCUUUAAGGGCAUACCGAAGGAUAGAAAACCCAUCAUUACAGAAGUUGGAUUAGGCACGAUUACGUGCGUUGCAGUUGGUGACAUAAAAAAUUCUGGCAAGAAUUCCAUAGUCUGCGUCAAUGCCGAAGGAGGCUGCUAUGUCUUUGAUGUUACACAGACAUCCGCGCUUGACACGAUAGCAAAAAUAAACGUCCCAAUCAAUUGCAAUCGUAUUAUCAUUGCAGAUGUCGAUGGCGACGGAAGAAAUGAGAUUAUUCUUGCGCUAAGCGAUCGUACACUAAAUGUAUACGAUUUUGUAAUAACCUCAACAGAUGGGAGCGAUCCGUGCCCUAUACUUCAAGAAAAAUCGCAGUGGCAAUUUGACGGUCAGGUCACUUCUCUGUCCACAGCCACGGACCCUGCGACGAGCGCGCCAUUGCUACUCGUAGGUCAACCCGGAGGUCACUUCAUAAUUAUUGAAAAAAAUCAGAAAAAAAUAUUCCCAACGAAAUCUUCCAACGAUACCACACAUAUUGAACUUUCAACUGAUGUGUCGACCGAGAUAGUGAGUGGAACCCAGUGGACAAAUGGGAAAAGAUCAGACGUGGUCGCGCAUCUUACGGUAGAUGGUACGUUUGCUUUUUACGACCUUCAAACGUCAAGCUCGAGAAAAUUUGAACUAGAAGUUACACAUAGGCUCUUUGGGAUGGUGUCGAUGAAUCUUUUUCCUGAAGACAAACGAGACCCCACAAACCAAGAUGACGUGUUUAUCGUCAGUUCGUGGAAUGGGGCAACCUAUGUGAUUGAUUAUAACUUCAAUGUGGUCAAAUUUGAAUUCGAAAAACGAGUAUGCGCAUUUGCUGCUGGUCAAUAUGCGUUAACUCCAGGCCAAAACGUACCUUGUUUCAUGUAUGUCGAUUUUGACGACUAUAUAACAGUGUAUCAUAAUCUACAUAUUAUAAACACUAAACCUGUGAUAAAUUUCAUGGAAGUAAUGCGUGGCCAGAUUGAUCAGUUCGACGCUCUACUGAAGGAAAACAUAAAAGAUUAUGAAAAAGGUUAUUUGAAAUAUGGGAAAGUUGAGAAGACCGAGGAAUGCGAACCAGCCAAAAAGGUGAGCGAACUUGAUACGAGAAAUAACGCUAACGAGCUGGAUAGAGGAGGUAGUAAUAACGAAUUGAGUAUGGGAGGUCCCGAUAUUGGGAUGGUUGGUGAGGAUAAUCAUAACGAAUUGAAUGAGAUAGAUAAUGAUGACGAACCAUUUGAGCGAGAUAAUGAUAAUGAGCUGGAUAAGAGAAAUGAUGAUGAUGAACUGAAUAAGAGAAAUGAUGAUGAUGACGAACUAGAUAAGAGAAAUGAUGAUAAUGAACUGGAUACGAGAGAUGAUGCUGACAAACUGAGCGCCGGCGAUAAUGCUAAAAGACUGGAUAUGGGAGACAUUGGAAAUCAACAGGAUACAGAGGACAACCCUAAAGAACCGGAGUCGGAGGUGGGUAAAAAACUGAAUGCGGAAGAUGGUGACAAAGAAUUGAACACGGAAAAUGAUGUUAACGAACUGAACUCAGAGGACGAUGACAAAAAAUUGAACACGGAAAAUGAUGUUAACGAACUGUACCCAGAAGAUGAUGGCAAAAAUUUGAACACGGAAAAUGAUGUUAACAAACUGUACCCAGAGGACGAUGACAAAAAAUUGACCACGGAAAAUGAUGUUAACGAACUGUACCCAGAGGACGAUGACAAAAAAUUGAACACGGAAAAUGAUGUUAACGAACUGUACCCAGAGGACGAUGACAAAAAAUUGAACACGGAAAAUGAUGUUAACGAACUGUACCCAGAGGACGAUGACAAAAAAUUGAACACGGAAAAUGAUGUUAACGAACUGUACCCAGAGGACGAUGACAAAAAAUUGAACACGGAAAAUGAUGUUAACGAACUGUACCCAGAGGACGAUGACAAAAAAUUGAACACGGAAAAUGAUGUUAACGAACUGUACCCAGAGGACGAUGACAAAAAAUUGAACACGGAAAAUGAU